CUAUGUCAGUGAUUGGCAGGCAUAUUAGAGCAACAAUCUGAAAUAGGGGCUGGACAGAGAAAAAAUGGCUGUAGCUAUACUGGCAGGUAUACGCCUCAGCUUCCUGUCAGUACAGGGAUAACAUUAGCAGGGAGUCAAAGGCUGUAGCCUGUGACAUCAGCAAUCCGUGAGAGUUCUUGGCAUCUCCUGUGAUGUCACCAGUGUUGUAGCAACAAGCUCACUUAGGAUUCUCACUCAGUGUCUAGCCACUAGGUUGGUGGACAUGUUUGCUCGACUCUGCAAUCUUUUGGGGAGAGCCAGUGUGGAUGGGAGAGAGACCAGAGAGAGGAGGAAGGAUGGUGGCCUUCCAUCUGAGAGUAAUGAAGGACGAAGGAGGUGGACUUGGAGAAUAUGCAGGGCUCGAAGACACACAUCAUCCAGUGCACCUGAACUAAGUAAGAAGGAGUUCAAAAAGGAAAAAGAGAGGCUGACCACAGAGCUGCACCUCAUUACCCAGAAGAGAAAUGAGCAGAGAGAUCGCCUGAUCUCUUUCCAAGAGGGAUCCAUGAAAAAGAGGACCAGGCCCUUCCAGAAGAUAAAUCCAUUCUGUGAACAACUGUCAUUAAAGAAGAACCAGCUCAUGUCCUCUGUGAACAACUUAGAGCUGGAGAUAAUUGAGUUACAAGAGAACAUCCGUGAGCUCAAGAAGGAGAUAAACUUCUAUUCAAACCUACAUAGCCAGCUCAUGGUGGAGAAGAAUCUUACUAAGAUGUCCGUCACACAGAAGGGGGAGAGCGAGAAAGUACAGAUUGAUUGGGCUCUCAUUGAGAAAUAUUUGGUUGACGUGAACCUGAGUGGUAAAGACAAACAGGAGCAGACCAGCAACCAUGAGACCCAACAACUUCAGGACUCAGAGACUCCAGCAAGAGCUGAAAUGUCCACAUCCCACGAAGAGAGCCUCCUGCACAAUGAGUUUCCGCCUCAGGAGCCCCCUGCUGAACUCCAUGCCCAAUAUCCACAGUCUACCUUGGAUUAAUCUUAUUUCAUUCAGUACAAUUACGCAGUGUGAAUAGGAGGAAGACAGUGAGCCAGCUGAUUCAGGUGUUGUUCCCUUUCCUGUUCUGGCAACACCCCUUGAGUGAGGACUGAGGUGACUGCCCCUCCAACAGCAGUCCAAGAGGAGAUACAGGCUGUAGGUCUGUACUUCUUAAUAUGCAGUGAAAGGGUGCUGAUGGACAAUAAUUUUCUGUUAAGGUUUGGUUAAAGUUUUGCUCUUUAUUGUUUUAUUCUCUUUUUAGGUUUCGAUGAAGUUUUAUGUUCUUGUUUAGUUUUCAUGUUUGGAUUUUUCUUUUAUUUCUUUUUAGUAAUUGUACUUUUAAAGCUUGUUUAUUGUAUUUCUUAUAAAUAAAAAUUGAUUUACAACUCUUGA